AUGGAGUCAGUUGCCGUCGUGGCCGUCCCGUUCCCGGCGCAGGGCCACCUGAACCAGCUGCUGCACCUGUCGCUGCAGCUCGCCGCGCGCGGGCUGCCCGUGCACUACGCGGCGCCAGCGGAGCACGUCCACCAGGCCCGCGCGCGCGUGCACGGCUGGGGCGACGACGCCCUCCGCCGCAUCGACUUCCACGAGCUCGCCAUCUCCGAGUACGCCUCUCCGCCGCCCGACCCCGCCGCGGCCUCGCCCUACCCUUCCCACCUCAUGCCCCUGUGGGAGGCGUUCAUCGCCGACGCGCCCGCCGCGCUCGCGGCGCUCCUCCGCGGGCUCUCCGCGUCCCACCGUCGCGUCGUCGUCAUGUACGACGUCAUCAACGCCUUCGCCGCCGAGGACGCCGCCCGGCUGCCCAACGGCGAGGGGUUCGCGUUCCACUGCACCGCCGCGUCGUCCAUCGUCUGGCACAUGGACGGCGGGACCCAGCUCAUGCGCGACGUGCACGGCCUCGCCGACCUCCCCGUCCACGCCUUCGUGACGGAGGAGUUCCUCGAGUUCAUCGGCAAGAGCGCGAGGUCCGCGCAAACGAUCCCGUCCAGCGCCGGCGUCGUCAUGAACACGUCCCGCGCGCUCGAGGGUGAGUUCAUCGACUUUGUCACCCAGCAGCUGGCCGCCGCCGGCGGCAAGAAGGUCUUCUCUAUCGGCCCGUUAAACCCGAUGCUCGGCCCGAGCGCGCACGAUCUUGGCGCGAUGCGGCACGAGUGCCUUGGUUGGCUCGACAAGCAGCCGGCCGCGUCCGUACUCUACGUCUCGUUCGGGUCGAUGUCCUCGCUGCGCGGCGAGCAGAUCAAGGAGCUUGCUGCGGCGCUGCGCGGCAGCAACCAGCGUUUCAUCUGGGUGCUGCGCGACGCCGACCGCGCCGACAUAUACUCCGAGUCCGACGAGAGCCGGCACGCCAAGUUCCUGUCCGAGUUCACCAAGGAGACCGAGGGGACGGGGCUGGUGAUCACCGGGUGGGCGCCGCAGCUGGAGAUACUGGCGCACGGCGCCACGGCGGCGUUCCUGAGCCACUGCGGCUGGAACUCGACCUUGGAGAGCAUGAGCCACGGGAAGCCCAUCCUGGCGUGGCCCAUGCACUCCGACCAACCGUGGGACGCCGAGCUGGUGUGCCAGUACCUCAAGGCAGGCUUCCUAGUGAGGCCAUGCGAGAAGCACGCCGAGGUGAUACCGGCGGCAACCAUACAGGCGGUGAUCGAGAGGUUGAUGAUCUCUGACGAUGGGCUACCCGUGCGGCAGCGGGCAACGGCGAUCGGCGAGGCCGUCCGUGCGUCCGCGGCGGAUGGCGGGUCAUCCCGCAAGGACCUCGAAGACUUCAUCGCUCACAUCACAAGGUGA